AUGAAUGACCCCUUGAAAUCGUAUCUCAGGUUUUCUGAUACAGAUCGACACCCACAUACUCCAGCGCUGGAGAUAACCCUCACUGCACCCCGAAAUUUCUAUACCCAAAACCCGACUGGGAAUUUCUUUACAGUGACUGUUGCGCGAUCCAAGGAGCAUGAAUCCAAGCCAUGUCAUUUCUGCUGGUCCCCCAAUACCGAUGAAGGAUUUCGGGUCUUUCGCCACCUGCCCUGUGGCGGCCUGGAAGAGGUGGAGGUGCAGCUGAACUGCUUCUCGCCGGAAACGCAGCGAUCGGACCCUCUUCACCUCUGGUCCCUGGGUGCGGAUAAUGAUGAUGCCGUGUCGUGGAAUUUCAUUCUCGGGGAGAAGCUGUCCCGGGCGGUUGAGAAAAGUGAAUGGAUCACAUAUGAGCUCUUCUGGCCCGGGGGUGAGGUGUAUCUCUGGGAUUGGGAAGCGAAAGAAAACGCGGGGCUGGAGCCGAAAUCGAUUCCAAUGGUGCUGCCUGGAGGUGCACGGUGCUCGUUCAGUCUGAUCGAAGGUGAUGUGCCGCCGCCACCGCCGAGGCCGCGGACUCCUCCGGUCCUUGAUCUAGAUGCCACUAGUGUUACCCCAGGCACGCCGAUUCUCAGCCUCGAGAUUGAUGGCCCUCCGACAUGGAGGGUCCAAGAAAAUUGGCCUCUGACCUGGAAGCUCACCUAUCACGGGGUGUCGGGGGACGAGACCCCUCAACCGAUCACCUUCUCGGUCAGCGACUUGGAUGAUUGGGGGGUGUUUUGCGUCUAUCGGCGUGGUCAGGAUACUGGAGAGUGGGAUUCCUGGCAUAGCUAUACUACGCCUGGGUGUUCCGGGUUUACGGAAGAAGAUGUCCCAUGCUCGGUGGGCACGAGCGAGGCCUUCAUGUCUCUACGGCCCAAUGAGACCUGGUGUGAAGUGCAGAAACUUGAGAUCAUGCACUCUCUACCGGAAGAUGCUCGAGCCAAAGAGGUCCUACGAUACCGGUUAAAAGGAUGCAAGUUGACUUGGUGGAAUUGGGGAACAAAGGAGGAUCAUAUGGAUACUACUGUGACAGUAACUGGGUUCGGGGAUACGAUCAUCGAUCCACCUGACAAUGACGGACGGUCAGAGGUGGUGAUACCAGCUUCGAAUACGGUGGAAUUUACCGUGGUUAACUGA